AUGGACUUUUCAACAACAGUGAUCUUGGCAGGGCUGAUCGUAGCUCUGUUGUGGCUGUUCAGUGUCAAAAACAGAAGAAAGUAUCGCCUGCCUCCAGGACCCUUUGCGCUUCCUCUAGUAGGAAACCUGCCACAGCUUGACAAAAAUGCACCUUUUAAAAGCUUUCUCAAGUUCAGUGAAACCUACGGUCCUGUGAUAACAGUGUACCUGGGUUGGCAGCGGACGGUUGUUCUGGUAGGAUACGAUGCAGUGAAAGAGGCUCUGGUGGACCAUGCAGAUGACUUCAUUGGCAGAACUCCACUGCCGUUUCUGAUGAGAGCGACCAAUGGCUACGGUUUGGGGAUCAGUAACGGGGAACGAUGGCGCCAACUUCGACGUUUCACACUGACAACCUUAAGAGACUUUGGAAUGGGACGCAAAGGCAUGGAACAGUGGAUCCAAGAAGAGAGCCAACAUUUGAGGGAUCGCGUAAAAACAUUCAAAGCCAAGCCAUUUGACCCCUCAUUCUUGUUGAGUCUCAGCAUGUCCAACGUGAUCUGCUUCCUGGUGUUUGGCCAGCGCUUCAAAUAUGAAGAUGAGAAGUUCCUGUCUCUUCUGCAGAUAAUAACAAACACCUUGAGAUUUGUUAGUAGUCCCUGGGGUCAGAUGUACAACGUCUUUCCCCGCAUCGUGGAGCAUCUUCCCGGCAGCCAUAACACUGUUUUUGCCCAGAUUGAGGAGUUAAGAGGGUUUGUGUCCAUGCAGAUCCAAGAGCACAAAGAGACAAUGGACCCAAGCUCACCGAGGGACUUUAUUGACAGCUUUCUCAUCCGAAGCAAUCAGGAAAAGGACAUUCCUUCAACGGAGUUCCACCAUGAAAACUUGGUCUCGACUGUGCUGAAUCUCUUCCUGGCAGGAACGGAAACAACCAGCUCAACCAUUAGAUAUGCCCUCAGUUUGUUCAUAAAAUACCCAGACAUACAGGAGAAAAUGCAGCAUGAGAUUGACACUGUGAUUGGACAAAGUUGUCCUAGCAUGGAGAACAGGAAGUCCCUCCCCUUUACUGAUGCAGUCAUCCAUGAGGUGCAGCGCUUUCUGGACAUUGUCCCAUUCAGCAUCCCUCACUACGCACUCCAUGACAUCACUUUCAGGGGUUACACAAUCCCCAAGGACACUGUGAUUAUUCCUUUGCUUCACUCUGUGCUGAAAGAGGAAAAGCAUUGGGAGACUCCCUGGACCUUCAACCCUAAGCACUUCCUGGACCAGAAUGACAACUUUAAGAAAAAUCCUUCUUUCAUGCCUUUUUCUGCAGGGAAGAGAGCCUGUGUUGGCGAAUCUCUGGCUCGUAUGAAGCUUUUUAUCUUCCUAGUUUCACUGCUGCAGAAUUUCACUUUUUCCUGCACUGGAGGCCCCGACACUAUCAACCUCAAUCCAGAGUUCAGCAGCUUCGCCAAUCUGCCUCGCUCCUCCGAGAUCAUCGCCACGCCACGUUGAGAACAGGAAGUCCAUUUAGACCAGGGGUGUCAAACUCAAUUUCAU